GGGAAGCGGAAACUCCUCAGAGUCUACACCCGUGGCUUUAUGGGCGACGCAACGAGCUUCUGGAUCUUUCCUACCCACCUUCACAACUUGUUUU